AUGGCAAUGCAAACGUUUCUGCAGUUCUUAAGCGAAAAUUCUUCUAGCAAGCAUAGUUUUCAGCUGCAGGAAAUGGCCAUUACCUGCUUCGAUUUAUUAGUUACUGCUAAAUUAUUAACUCCCGGUUUAGUGAACGUGCGAUCUCAUAUGCUUGCUUCACUUUUCCCAGGAAUCGUUGCUGUGCUCAUGAAAGCCAUUUUGAGCACUAAUGGCACUUUCAAAUCGAGCAUUUUGGCAGCACUGAUCUCAUCUUUGCGUUCAUUUUUAAUUGUGGUAUUGGAACCAAGUGGCGCUGGUAAUACAUACCCUGAUGCUGAAACAGCCAAAUUAGAAAAUAUACCGCAGAAUAUUGCAGAAAUGUUGACAACUCGCGAUCUUAACUGGAUCGACAAAGUAAACACGAACCUGGAAAAGUUUUUCAAGUCUGUCCAAAGUACUUUCAUUGGGCAUACGAGUGAAAAAGUACGAUUUGCUGCUCUUCAUUUUUGCCAAGAUUUGAUUCUAAAUUGCGCAUCAGCUUUGAGUGAAAAUUGUGUUUAUACAUUAACAUGGACGUUGCUCUGCUUCGAACGCGACUGUCAUGACGAGGUGAAAUCACUGGCUUUAAUCGCUAAACACAGAAUAGUAGAUGAAAAAGAGGCACUGGUGAUGAAUGUCAACUUCCAGCUGAAAUUUUUUGACGAUUGUUUGAAGUUAAGUGACCAACUUGCUGGAACAUUAACUAGAAACUCAGCUGAAUCAUUUUCAAUCUUACUUGCCAAAAUUAUUGCCUGUAUUUCAGUACUGGAUACAAAGCGUUGUUUUGGGGUUUCGUCAAAUUUAAACAGGAUUCUAUCGAAUAUCUGCAGCUGUUUUCGAAUUGAAUUUGACGCCAUUCAGAUAUUGGAAACUUGUGAGGAUAAGGCAGACGCGUGUUCUGACAGUGGAAUCGCUACCAUCUCCUCUAUUUGGAGCGAGUGUGGUGAUUUUCAGCUGGGAGUUGGUUUCAAAAACUUGACUAAGAAGCACUUAGACCUAAUGCGACAACUGUGUUCAAUGAUUGUAUCUACCUCAGAAAACAUUUUCAGUUUAGCGUUAGAUAUCUGUUCCCCGCUGCAGAAUGGCCAAGAUGACCACCCAGCAGAAGUGACGCUGCAGAAGUUAUGUAUGUCCUCGUUUAUUCUGGAUUGUGGCCACGAUCUUUUGGACGUGAGAGUGAAAAACCAAGUUAGUAGUAACUGCGAGUACCAUCUAUCCAGGGCUGCGGAAUUACUCAACGCGAAAUCAUCGAAAUUUACAAUAGCUUACAUGAUCUUGUCUUUAAAAGUUGCCAAAUCAAGUUGCUACAAAGUCGGCUGUUUUCUUGAUUUGAAAGCUGUUUUAUACAAAACUGCCAUCUUUGCAACGCAUAGUGUGGCAAUUGUAGCGUCAGCUGCUAUCGAUACCCUCUUGGCCUUUUCGAAUGUUUUCUGCACUAACGAGAAAAGUGUUGCAAAAUUGAUCGAAGCGAAUUCGGAUUAUUUGUUCUCAGAUUGCAUAAUCAAACUCAAACAUGCAAGUCUUUACCCGGAAGUGAUAAGUGUUUUAUGUGUUAUUUUCCAAUUCGCAAAUGACGAAGUUGUUCUCUUUGCCAAAGACAUUUGUGUUGAAUGUGAAAACUAUCUGAGACUUUCAAGUCCGAAUGAAAUGCGAGGCAAUAAUUCAAACGUUGAAAGAAUUUUUCUCUUGCUAUCUAAAGUUUCGGGAUAUCUUGUUCGAAAUUUUUCUUUGAGCCCUAUCUAUAAACCUGCAGAUAGUAAACAAGAAAAAACUGCUCUAUCUCAAAAAUUGGUCAGUUUUCUGCGAGAAGUUGCCAACGAACGAAACGAAAGAUCGCAAAGGUUCUGUGAGCCAAUGGCUGAAGAGAAUGUAGAUGAUUCCGUUGAGGAGGGGCUUGGCCAAUCAGAUUGCGACCCGUCUCCUUCGAUAGCCGAUCCAAUUCAAGUGCAGAUCGCCUACAAAAUCAUCCAGAUGUGCAUCGUGUAUACUGCGACUUCUCAUUUCAAAACAAAAUUCUACUGCUUUAGCAGUGCCACAAACUGUUUCACCAUCCUGGCCAGUGAAGAGGAACAAGCGAAGAGGAGUUCUCGCAGUGCCGGUGGCAAUAACUGUCUACUACCCAUGGUACACCAGUUUUGGAAGCCCACAGUCGCCCGUCUCAGGGACCCAAAAGCCACAAUCAAAUUGAAAGCGUUCAAUCUUGUUGUUUUGUUCAGUGAGAUAUCGAAAGAUUUCGUUCGUGCAAAAAUUGCUCAAGAUUGUGUUGCUUCAAUAUUAGACGGGCUAGAAAUCUUGUUGUCAAAUUUCUCAAAAGGUUCAAGGGGUUGCAGCAUAUCGACUUAUGACAAGACUACAAAUGAUUACAAAUUGCUGGAGGCGUUGAUUCAGGGUGUUCCGAAUUUGCUCUCAAGUUGCUUAAUUGUACCCUGGGAUCGAGCGACAACAUUCAAAUUGACUAAAACUGUGACUCAGAGUUUAACUGUUUUUGAAAAAUUGGACAAUGAUAUCUUCAGGUUGCUCUUAAAUGCACAAAACAAUUUGAGAGCGCAGGAUGCUUGUUUAGUUAGUUUUGUGGAAAGUUCUGUUAAGGGCAAUGUUAUUGAAUAA